AUGGGUACCAGCGGUGCUGGAGGGGCUAAGAACAAGAAGGAGAGAUACCAUAAGAUUAGCAGUGUGGCUAUGCCUCGUGCCAUCUCCGGGCUCAUCCGUCGUGGCGAACGAGUACAGACCAGCUUAUUCAGCUCGCGGAGAAGUCACAUUGCAAACGUGCUUAAAAUCAUUGCAGAUGCCUACAGUGAACUGCUCACUUCAAAUCGACGCAAGGCUCAGCAGCAACGACUGCCCUACGUUACGCCACGAAGCAUCGCGGCCAUGCAUCUGCUGGCUUUCUCGUGCCUCAUGAAGACUUAUCGUGAUCAGCAUCUGCGAGUCGAGUACUUUGUUCGAUUCGGCUUUGAUGAGGUGGGCUCAGGAACUAAUUGGAAUUCCUCGAGUGCCUCAUCUCAGAAGCCUUGGUUGGAACCCUGA